AUGAGCCCUAAAAAGAAAAAAGCGAAGCUCAGUGAAAGUGCGGAAUCAAAUAAGCGGUCAAGUGAAGCUCCUGAUUCAACACAAAAACGUUUAAAACAUAUUGUAAACAGAGAGGAGGAAAUUAAAACCAGAAAAAGAAAGAACUUUAUUAUGGCUUGUGAACUUGUGUCUUACAGAGACUACUUUAAUCACCGUGCUCGGCUUCUGCUUGUAUGUUUGCCUUCUUGUAUGACACUCUUGUGUAAACAUCAUGACAGAAAUUCAGGGAACAUUCAACAAAUGUCAUCAUAUGCAGAUGAAUCUUUUAAAACUGAACUGAAGAAUAACAUGUGGUAUGAGGCAUUAGAAGUGUGCGAGAUGUGUAUCACUCCAACACAGUACUUGUCUUCUGAUGUCCUUAAAGAAGUGGUAGAAAUUAUAUUGAAUGCCCACAAAGAUGAAUGCUCUGAAUAUACAGUAAAACAUAUCAUUGAUAAAAGUCAACAAAUAUUGAUGCAAAACUUCAGCACACAUCCUCCAUGUUUCAUGAAAAGUUUAAGAAAUUGUUACAAAAACUUUUUAACAUCUCCUAUGUCUCUAAAAGAGAACACAUUUACCAAUAGAACAGAGUUUGAAUGUAAUAAAGGGAUAAUGAAAUAUUGCAUGAAUAGACUAGAGCAUGAACUCAGCUUUGAUAGUACCGAUGGCCCUCUAGUUGAUAAAGAUGAACACAUUCCACAAGAAAUGAAGCAAAGUUUAAGAGGUUUACACUGGCAGAUAGAGAAAUUUGAAAUAUUUGAAUUACUCAACAGGCAAGAGAGGAUUGAGAGAUUAUUUGCUGUUUUGGAAGCUGUAAUAGAACUGUUGCAGUUUGAUUUAGCUAUAUGGCAUUCAAGGUACACAAAUAAUCUAGGAUGUCACAUCAUGCGAUCACACAAACCCCUAAUGGCUUAUGUGUUGUGGUCAGACAAUGUGCUGUACACUGGCGCAGUCACUAACAAUUGUAGACAAAUACUUAAGAUCUUUUCAUAUAUGAUUCACCUUCAGUAUCCAGAUUCCAUGGUAAAGACAUUUGCUCUUUGGCUGAAUACUAUGGUGCAGACAUUCUAUAUUUGUGAACAAAAUUCAAACAUGGACUAUCCUAACACUGGGAAAUAUUGUACUGGGUUUGCUAAUGACUUCUAUAAAAUUAUCUCAGGCCUACCACAGCAAUCCAUAAUCCGAAUAUUGGAAAGAAUUGAACCAACAUUUAUGAGACAUCUCAUUGGAAUUUUACAUAUUCAAAAAAUACUAUCCAUAGAUGAGUGCUGUAUAUUAAGAAUUUUAAUAAACUUCAUUGGCGAACGACAAUGGAAUUCGUACACUCACGAUAAUACAGAAAUAAUAUUUUCUAAAAAAAUGUUUAGUUUGCCAAAAACGGUCAAGAGAAAAAUUAAUUAUCUAUUGAAGAAAAGCAAAACAUCAUUUCCUUUAGAAAGUACAGAAAGUAGAACGUAUUCAAGAAUGGAGCCAGACAUUAAAAUAAUGAAGUCAGAAGCUAGUCUUUAUCAUAUAGUCCAUUGUUUAUACAUAACAUUAGAUGCAUAUUUAGAUGCAUAUGAUAUUCAAUCCGUUCAGGAAACAUGGAGUAAUCUUAAUGAGCAGCUAAUGAAUGAGAGCCAGGUAAUAGAGACAGAUACUGGGAGUAUUUUGACAGCACAUAGUAAUUAUUCUGUGACAGAGACAUUAAUUAAAAAAUACAGACAUAUUUUAAAAUCUAUAAAAGAGUUGGAAGAUUUGUUUAGUGAAUUAAAAAAGCAGGGAAAACUGCCUGAAAUUUUAAAUAUUUUUCAAAAUAUUAAAUCUAUAUUUUUAUGA